UCCGCUCUCUGAGAAUCAGGAAACACGUUGAUAUUCGCUGAAAGUCUCCGCUUUACUUUGAUCAGUGUAAUCGCUCCGUAGUGCUGACCGUCAGCGGCUGCCUAGAACAUCGACACCGACACCAGCCUGCUGGAUAUCAGCCCAGCGAUGAGCAACACGACCGCUUCAAACGCUGGUGACAGUGCUGGAAAGGGCGGCGGGACCAAUCCAUACUACAUCGCCUUUGUGCUGGUGCCUAUUCUCUUCCUUCUGGGCCUGCUCGGUGUGGUGAUCUGUCAUGUGUUGAAAAGGAAAGGCUACCGGUGCACCACAGACCAUGAUGACGAGGAGGAGUGUAAGGAAGAGGUCAAAGAUCCCGAGUUGGGCGGAGAGCUCAAUGACACCUUCAGUGACUACAAUGACACGGUUGGACAGAUUGUCCACUACAUCAUGAAAAAUCAAGCAAACUCUGAUGCCCUAAAUGCCAUGAUUCAUGAAAACAGCAUUGAUUCGGAUGGUCCUCCGCUCACCCCCACCUCCCCCGGCACUCCCACUCCUCCAAUGACACCUGUAUCGCCGGGGGCGCCCCCGGGAGCAGCCAAGCACACCUGUAACCACCUGCACACCAUCGGGGGCCUGGGAGGCAACAAGAACAUCUGCACCCGCUGCAGCCAGAAGAAAUGGCCGCUAAUGAGGAAGCCAUCAGCCCGCAAAGCAGAGCUGCGGCGCAGUAACUGUGUGGAGGUCACAGUCCUGGCUGUAGGCAGGUUCCGCGUGACAAAGUGUGAAAAACCAGCCAGGGAGCGGCGAACUCUGCUGAUAUUAGAUUCUAACGGGAGCGUCCCCGCAUCGCCCACGGCGGUGGAGCCGAAGAGUCGACCAACAUUCAAGUCCCCUCAGGAGCAGACAGACGGCGUGGAGCAGGGGAAAUGAUAGAAAACCAGCUAUUAAAAAAGGAGAAGAGGAGCAACAUCUGGACACUUUUUAAACCCAAAUAAGAACUUUCAACAUCAGUGCAGGAGGGACAGAUGGAUCCGGGAAUCGUCCCCCUGUCCUGUCGCUCCACAGGGAGUGAUGCGCUGCUGCUGCUGGUGGUGGUGGUGGUGAUUUUACAAGUAGAGAUGGCUCAGGUGUGUCUACUUGAAAUGGUAGCUGGACAGCAGUGCCUUGCCCAGUAGUGUCAAAAAUAAAUGAAAAAAAAAAAGCCGGGCAACUGCUUGAUGUAACGAUGGAGGCUCGACCAGCGCUGUCCCUCCCAAAAACUACAGUCGUACUCCUCAAAAAGCAGCUGGUCCUGGUUGUGCAUUACAGUUUCACAAGGAGGUUUUAAACACGUCAUCAGUUGGUUUAUUUGUAGAACUAAAUCCCAGGAACAGGUAGAGCCAGUCUGUGAUCCAGUUCAGGUCAUCAUUUACCAAACAGGAAGGAGUAUAUCAUGGCCAGACGCUAAACGGGAACAUUAGCAGGCGUGACCAAAGUAAGGUUAUCACAUCCUGUAAUCAUAUGAACAGGAUGAUAAACUGUCCUCACAGUGCAUGUCAAUCUGAUCGUCCCUUUUAAUAAAGAACUCCGGGUCAAAGAGCAAAUCGGUUCAAAUAUUCAGACUCGAGCCGCUCGAGUUGUGCUAUAAUGUAUCCUUAAUAACAAAAAUACAGUUUAUAUCAGUGUUGUGUUAUAUUAGCGUAGAGAACAUGUUGUCUGAAACACAUUCUGAGUUAAAACCUUAUGUAAACACAUUAAAGUAAAAAGGGCGACGCUGUGAUGUAGUGAGCCUCAAUAUGAACUGUUGAUUUUUAUGAGGCUGUUUGUUUCCUUAUCGACUUCGUUCUGCAGCAUGCCUUGACUUAAUUUAUCGAAGCCUUUUUUUAAUUUAGCCUGGAUUUAUCGUAUUUUAGCGUGAGCUGCCUUUAUUAUAUUCCAUCCUGAGAGCAGAUACUGCACAAAUGGUUUAAUCCAUUAUGGAUUAUGUUAUCAGCAGGUCCACCAGGAUGUAAGCCUUAUUUUCUCUUUCUAAUGAGAUGUGCCUUUCGUUUCUAAACGUGCUUGUGCUCGCACAGGUGUGUCGAGGCGAAGGUCAGAUGGUAGGUGCUGUGAUUCAGUCUGUUUACUGUAUCAAGAAUCGUUUACGGUGCAGAGCAGUGUACCAAGUGAGUUACAUCUUUAAGGAAAUGGUCUUAUUGUGAAUGUAACCUCUUAAAGUGAGUACGUGUGGAUGGCCUAGUGCCAUGUGCUGAUGCAAGAUGAGGUGUGUACUCAUUUUCACUCUUUAUCCUAUCACUUUUGUGGCCAUGCUAACUUUGCUCUUAACCUCUAAGGAAGUGGGCAAAAAGCCUAUAAACACAGUGGAUCAUGUUGCUUGUCGCCAUAAUUUCGGCAGGUUUGCUCUGUGGUCACCAAACCAGACAAAGACGUCUCUGGAACAUCGCACUAACGUAGAUCAGCGUAAAUAUGAUGUUAUAUCAGAGUUUCAUGUGAUGCUGUUAUGUCAUCAAAUACAAUAUUUUAAAAAUGUAAAUGUAACGCUUUCCCAUCGUGAUUCUGUAAUGGUGAUCCUGGUCAUGUACCAAUCAGAUGGUUGGCGGUUCUAUCCCCAGCUCUACUGGUCUGGAUGUGAAAGUAUCCUUGGACAGGAUGCUGAACCCCGAGUUCCCCUUAAAUAAUGUCAAAAGCACUUAAGCAUAGAAAAAAGUGCUUACAUGAAGGUUAAGCAGUGUCACAGGAAGUGCUCGCCACAACAGUUGGUCAUGAGCAGCCGUUCCAGGCUCCUGUUGCUUAGGUAACCCUGUUGUAUGUUUUUACUAACUUAUCUAAUGUCAGUCAGCAUUUUCCUGUGCUCUCAUUGGUAGUCGCUUCUCUCGCUAAUGUCCAGGCGGAGAAAAGUUUAACUCAGGACCCGCCAACUUUUCAAUGUGUCUUCGACUUUCAGUCGUCUCUCAUCUCCACGUCACUUUUAGUCACUUCCUGUGUGGACGCCCCAGGAAGAUGUUAUUAAGACGUUUUUCCCUUUGGUUAAAACUGUUGUAUUGAUUGGCUGAUUUUUAGCAACUGAUGUAGUCCUAUAGCAACAAUGCUUGUAUCAGAGAUGUUUCAUUUAUAGUCUGGAUUUCUUUCGUCUUUUCUAAAUUGUAUUAAAGAUGAUGCAGGUGGCAGCGACUUAGUAUUUACAACAAUCUCAGCAGCAUCUGCAGCUCAUGUAGCAGAGCAGCGUGACAGUAGAGUAGAGGUUCAGAGACGAGCGAUCGAUCCAGUUGAGUUGUGUGCAGACUGGAAGGAAUUAGCAGCGACUUGGCGACCAAAAACUGUAGAAAGUGAAUGCUACUUGGCAACUUCAGGAGAUUACAGGCAAAACAUCCAGGUGAGCAACUGAAACAACUACCAAUGAGAAUAAAGAAUACCUAUGACUGACGUACUUCCUGGUAGUAAAGACAUUAGGGGGUUACCCGGGUAACCAUAUCCUGAAAUUACUGCUUGUGACCAAUGAUCAGCUUCAAAGUGAUGAGCCGGUUGCGUCCUUUGUGGACGCAGUUUAAGCUUUUUGCUAGUUUCAGAAUUUACUGCUGGAUUGGCCCGUAAACUAACGCUAACUUAUUUUUUACUUCAAAAAUAUGCAUCUGCCCCAAAACUCCAGUAUUGGUCUCGCCCAAGUCAAAGGUUUCCCACCUAGUCAGCAUCACUGACUGCACCGAAAGUUUAAUCAUACUUCCCUACAACCCGGGGAGAAGCUGAACUACUGAAGGAUGUGUUAAGUUAUUCUUUUUAAUGCUUUAACUCAGUUUUUACCCCAUAAAGACAUUUUAUAAGCUCCCCUGUACCUUUAAUGACAACGUCUGACACCUCAGUGUGCAACGAUAAAGAUGUAGUUUGAUGACAUUUAGAGUAGUUUCCAAGGGUCGCUGCAGAGGCAGAGAACACGCUCGCUACCUUCUGAUGAAGAUGAACUUCAAAGGUUAUUCCUAGAAGAUCUUAAACAGAAAUACACAGUAAAGGUUGUAAAUUUUUACUUUUUCUACGAUUACCACGUAACAGCUGAUUUAUGUGGUGGUUUAAACACAUUUUAAAGGGUAAUUCCACCAGUCGUAGGCGUUAAAGUUUGUUUGCCUACUUGCGCAAUGUCAUCCCUGAUGUUGUCGGUGUGACGUCAUCUUUCAGUCUUUAGACCGUGACUAAAACCAGAAAGCAAAAGUCCCAUCCCUCCCCCGAGUGGAGAGCCAUGCAGAUGUGUCACCUUUUUCAUUUUUUAUUUAUUUAUUUUUUUUAAACAUGCAUGCACUUUUUGUUCUUGAUAUUAUGGGUCUGUCUUUUUUCCUCGUUGUACAAAGACAAAAAUAAAAUCGACUAACACAUUUUAAA